CCGCCCCGGAAGUAGUUAUGGGAGGGCGCGGAGCACGCCGGGACGCUCGUAGGUCCACGCCGGGGCAGCUCCCGGGCGCCGUGGAAUUCGCCCGUCCCGCACCCCGACCUUCCGGUCAGUUUGCCCAGCGCGCUGAGUGACGUCCGCGGUAGCCAAUGAGCAGGGGAUGUUCUCCCUGUUCCGCCCCCUCACUGGCAAGGGGAGCCAAUCCUGUUGCAAGAGGGGCAGGACACGCCAAGUCCCGAAAGAGGAGCAGGGGAGAGCGGCCGGCGGCCCAGUAACGUAAGGUUCUGCUGAGGGGGAUUUGAAGCGGGUGACGGCCUCAAUAAUCGCGCCGCGGCCCGAGCGGGCGAACGCGACUGGAUUGGAGCGCUGGAGGCCGUUUAUAGCUCUGGCAGGACCGCGCAGGGAAUGGAGGCGGUGGCCCGCGGGCUCCUUGGAUGAUGGCGCACUGAGAAGGCAUCUGUGAGCCUAGACCCCCAUGGCAUCCAAAGACAAAAAUGUGGCACCCUCACAUGGCUCUGCUUGGACCUCCCAGGCGGGGCCCUGGGAUGCCAUCCUCCAGGCCGUCAAAGACCAGCUUCCGUCUCUGGACUCAGACUCCUCCUUGUCCGACUGUGGGGAAGAGGAGCUGUUCAUCUUCCAGCGAAACCAAACCACCCUGAUCCCAGACCUGUCGGAGGAGCUGGCUGAAGACCCUGCCGAGGGCGAUGCGUCCAGGACCUGGGUCACUGUGGCUGUAGGGUCCCCUCCUGAGGUCUGUGGGGCACAGAAGAGACCAGUUGUGGUGCCUGUGGAAUUUGCUGCAGAACUCGGGAGUGGAUGGAAUGCAAGGACCAAGGAUUCAGCCUCUCGGGAAGGAAGGGGCCUCGGUGGGCCUUUUGAGAGCAGUGGUGAGAUCUGCUCUCUGCUUAGGAUGGCCGAGGAGACCCCCAAGUGGCAGGAAGGCAACCUUGGGAACAUGUCCUUCCACACCAGGGGAUCCCAGAGUCCUCGCUGGGGCCUGCAGGGAGAAGCCACCCUCUCCCUGCAUGAAGGAGAACCGAAGGCAGAGCCUAUGAGCGCCACCUCACAAGGUGCUGCAGACCGCAGGGCCCUCCGCCAGGAGAGAAGGAAGCUGAUAGAGAAGGACAUACUCCACAAAGUGCCCUGGGGUGCCCAGGACCCCGCCUGCAGCAGCCACAGCGGGAUGAGGGAGCUGCCCUGCCAGGCUGCACAGUCAGCCCGCAGCCCAGCGACGCCUCCAGAGGAGCCUCGGGCAGGACCACCAGUGCUCUCGCUCCAGCAACUUGAAGAGUGGGAUUUGGAUUACAUCCUCCAGAGUCUGGCAGGGCAAGAAGACAACCAGGAAAAUCAUGCACCUGGAACCACGUGGUUGGCAGCUGACUGCUGCCAAGUCCAAGACCACAGUAUGCCAAACGCCCAGGACAGGCUCAUGGAACAGCUGGCCCUCCAGUGUGCCACGCAGCCCAGAGCCUCUGCCUCUGCCUCUGCCUGGAACUUGCCUGCGGACACACCCCAGGACACCAAGGAGCAGGAGGCUGGAAGCAGAUCUGCUUCAAGGAAGCCGGGCGCCCAGGCCAAACAGGGCCAGAAGCCGGCUGAGGGCACAAGGCGCAGUACGGAGCCUCCCACCAUCUUCAUUGAUCUGCGGCAGAUAGAGCCACCAGCCCACCAUUUCCUGGAGAGCUCCAGCUCCAGCUCCUCAGACAGCGAGGAGGAAGCGGAGGAGCCAGCGGCUUUGGGAGACCAGCAUGGCCCAGCAGAGUGGGCAGCUCCUUCCUCCCAGGGCCCAUGGAACUGCACUGGGAAGAGCCAGCUGCUUCAGCAGCUCAGGGCCUUUCGGAAGGGGACGGCCCAGCCCCAGCUGCCCGCCAGCGAGGGCCCCAGCGGCCAGAGGGCUCAGGCCUGGGCAGACUCGGCCAGAGCGGGAACCGGGAGGAAGCAGCGUGUAAAGCUCUGGGCCGAGGGGCACAGCACCCAGGCCAGGCUCCCAGGACCUGUCUCCAGGAUGCUUCGCCCACCUGCUCCACGGGACGUGCAGAGAAACCAUCUCAGCUGGGGUCCCGCCAUGGUGGGGGCACAGGCGGCACAGCAGGGCACUUGGCAUUUGGGCGGGUGUUCCAGCGUUCAGCUGAGGGAUCACUGCCAGCUGCCAUGCCACUAAGCGUGGGCAAGGGUCUCUUCAUAUCGGCCCUGCCCGGCCUCAGCUGCAGGCAGCCAAGAUCACGGCCACAGACUUCUGCUCUCCAGACCCCACCUGAUCUGGCCACUGAAGACCCCCCACCAGCCCCACUCCUAACAAUAAGGGGCAUUUUCAUAAGAAGCCAAAUGCAAGGCAGCCUUCCACGAAGGCCACGGGAGGUCUGGAGGCCUCACCUGCAGGGCCUGGGGCCGGGCUGUCUCUGGGUGGUGCAGCCUGCUGAGACACACAGCAGCCUGGCAGCCUCCACUGCAGCGUCCAGCUAGCGACAGCAAAGGCUAUUUUUUCUCUUUAACCCCAUUUUCUCCCAUCGCCCGUUUUGAUGCCAGUAAGUUCACUUAGAAUGUUUUACUAACAGUGAGAAAAAACACACUCUAUGGAUGAGCAGAUCAGACAGGCUCUUAUGUCUCACAGGACAGACAAAAGGUGGUUUUUCUUACCUUAGAAAAAGUUCGGCCAGAUGUGGUAGCUCAUGCCUGUAAUCCUAGCACUUUUGGAGGCUGAGACAGGAGGAUCACCUGAGGCCAGAAGUUCAAGA